UAUUUUAAUUCUGAGGACUAGAGUGCAAUAAUCCAAGGAUUCAGUAAGUAAUUGCACAAGCAAAGCGCCUGUUGGCAUCGGGACAGCGCUAGGCCAACAUUUUGAGAAUCUCCGCCUUAGGCCAGCGAGGGCGGAUCGAGAUUAAAGUAAGAAGCCCCGAAAUAUACGUGACAACGGAAUAGAGAAAGGACAAAAGAACGAUUGUUUUUCAAUCUCUGAAACAGAGUUUGCAAUAGCUUGAGGGGGCGCAGGAGAAAGCACCCCAAAAGUAGAACGAGAUAGGAAUGGCUACGCCCUGCAGGGCUCUCUCUCUCUCUGACGAUCGGUGUGCCCUUGUGGAUUGCAGGCUGCCUAGCUCCAGCAGAGGGUCGUCCAGAUCCGGCACCGGCCGCCUGAUGUCGUGCCUGGAGCGGCUCUGCUUGGAUCCCCUGCGCCUCCUGCGGGGCGGGAACCGGCGUCUACAGAGUCAGGCCCGCCGAACCACUGCCACCAUGCGCAUAGCGUGCGCAAACGUGCUCACGCCAGACCGCAUCCCUGAGUUUUGCAUUCCCCCGCGACUCGCGCCCUGCCGGACUCUGGCUGCCCUCAGGGACUCCUGGGGCAAGGAAGGAAGGACAGACGACGGCGCGGGGCGCACGGACUGGGACCCGCGCUCGCAGGCCGCACUCUCUUUGCCGCACCUGCCCCGCGUGCGCACCGCGUAUGGCUUCUGCGCGCUGUUAGAGAGCCCACACACCCGCCGCAAGGAGUCCCUUUUCCUUGGGGUCCCCGGCGCCUCCGUGCUCCUGCAACCACCCACAGCCAGGCCUGCGCUCCGCCCUCGGUCCCACGCCUACGGCGGCGGAGGAGACGUCCCCAUUGGUCCCCAGGGCGGAACCGCUGCCCCUGGGAGCCCCAGUAGUCCCCGCCCGCCCUGGAACUCGGUAGCCCCGCGGCCCCGCGGCCACCGCCUCCUGCGCGCCCCCGAAGGGCUGCUGAACCGCGUGCUAGCGCGGGCCCGGAGGAGUCGUGGCCUGGCCCGCGCCCGCUCCGUGUCCAGCGGGGACGCGGCCGAGGAGCGUGGCGCUAGCUCCGGGUCCCCGACCCAGGACCCCUCCGCGUCCCCUCCGCCGUCCCCCGGCCCGCGGCCCGAACGCCUGGAGGCAGAGGGCACCGUGACUCUGGGCCACGCCGGCGGCGCUCUGCGCCUGGCCGCCGAGUACAGUCGGCCAAGCGGGCGCCUCCGCAUCCGGCUGCUCGGUGCCGAGGGCCCCGCGGGAGGAGCGGCUGAGUUCCCCGCCGUCGGCUGCAGCGUCAGCUUCGUCCUGCAGCCGCCGGGCAAGACGCGCCAGCGGCGCAGCGCCGUGGUGCGCCCGAGCUGCAAGGCGGUCUUCGACCAGGACUUUUGCUUCGACGGGCUCUCGGAGGACGAGGUGCGCCGCCUGGCGGUGCGCGUCAAGGCCGAGAACAAAGGCCGCGGCCUGGAGCGGGGCCGUCUGCUGGGCCAGGGCGAGCUGCUGCUGGGUUCUUUCCUCUGUUCUGAGGGCACGUAGGUCUGCCAGUUGGUGACACUGACAGCAGCUUUAUACAAAAUAAACGUGUAUUUAUUCUUC